AUGGCAUCCGGAUUCAUUAACAAAACUUGCAUGUCAUGCAAUGUAGGUUUAAUAACUGCUAUGUGUUAUGAGUGUAAAAAAACUUUCUGUACGAAACAUUUCGUUGAACAUCGAGAAGAACUUUCUCAACAAAUGAAUAAUAUUUGUCAAGAACAUGACAUCCUAUGUAGAGAUCUGGCACAUGAAUUCAGUACAACACAUCCUCUAUUAGCACAAAUCAAUCAAUGGGAACAAGAAUCGACUAUUAAGAUUCAAGCAGCAGCGAAUGCAGCGCGUAUUAAACUUCAACAACUACUUGAUAGAAGUAAAAAUAGUCUCGACGCAUCAACUAGUAAGAUAACUAAAGAACUUGAAUCUAGCCGAACAUCAAACAAUUACACUGAACACGUUAUAAAAACAUGGAGUGAUCGAUUACAAGAAUUGCGUACGUUACUCAAUCAUCCAACCCCUAUUCACAUCGAUUAUGAAAAUAACUUGGAAUCAGAGAUUCGCCUGAUCAAAGUGACCGAUGAAUCAUUAACAGGUUAUUUUGACGGAACAUCGCACAGACAUGAAAUUAAUAACGAAUGUUCUCAUAACCCGAACUUCUGUUUUCGUGAAAUAUUCGAUGAUGUUUCCGGGAAAAUCAUAUUAUCAGAAGAAAAUCGUGUAGCAACAUGCUUAGGUGAUUAUCUAGAUAGAUCGUGUGUCAGUUGUCUUGGUCGAUAUUCAUCCGGAAGACAUACUGUUCGUUUUAGAAUCGAAAAUGCUGACAUGACUCAUCAUAUGUUUUUUGGAGUUGUUAAUUCGUCUGAAAAACUUGUGAAAGAUUUAGCGAAUUCAAAAUCAUUCUAUGGUUGGUGGGACCUUGCCUAUUAUGUUGUUGGUGGUAACAAGAAAAAGUACGACUCAACUAAAACGCUUCGAACAGGAGAUGAACUUAGAUUUGUACUGGAUUGUGAUAACAAACAAAUUAUACUUGAACAUCACAGAACGAAUAUAAUUCUUAAUUUAGCUAUCGACAUUCAACUAUGCGUAUUUCCUUGGAAAAUUAUCGUUUUACUACUUGAUAAAAGCAGUUGUGUGAAAAUUCUUCAUUGA